AGGAGCUUAUGCCUUAUUGAUGAUGACUGAUGAUGAAGAUGAUGAUGGUGGUCGUGAAUCUAUGAGCAGUAAUUGUAACUGUAAGUGCCUGUAAUUAUAGGUAUUCACAGAAACUAUUAAGGGGUUAUGAGUUUCUGGUAUUCAGUAAUGAUUUUCAACAGGUCAUUAAAAGAACAUUUUAGGUUAAUAUUGUAAUUUUGCUAAAAAGAAGGGGGUAAAAUAUCAUCUUCAUAGCAAAUUAUUUGAGAAAUAUAUUGUCUAGUCAUACAGUGCUCAUCAGUAUUAAAUAUCUGGUUAUUUAGCAAUUAAGGAAUGAGGCCGAGUAGGAUAUGAAGAAUUAUGCAGAUCGAGGAAGGUGUUAUCGGCCAAGGUGGAUAACACCCUCCGAGAUCUGCAUAAUUCUUUAUAUCCUAUAAAAGCUGAAUUCAUUAAUUGCUUCAUUAUUCAUUCAAAUAAUUCCUAGUUUAAAAACAGGCUAAACCAUUUUUACCUUCGUCGAUGUCAAGUUCACCUCGAUAGUGCAUGUUUAGAAGAUAAAGGGCUGUUCGUGAUCAGGUCUGCCAAUACACUCCAAACAGCAGAUGUUGUCUGUUGAGUUGUCUUCUUGCUAUGAUUUUAGACAAUAGUUCGUCGCGAAAGAGUAAAGUGUUCCACCGAUUCUUCAGCCAUUUUUUUUUUCACAACCAAAACAACUCAACCUUGUCGCCAGGUCUUCUCAGUCAAUGGUGCGUUAACCUGCAACUGUGCUACACUUUUGACGUCAUUGGUUGAUUAAUCACAAAAUUCUUCCAAAUUUGUUGAACGGUAGCUGGUUAUGGGGGAUUAUGCAUGUGUUUUACCCAAUCAGAAACGGGGAAAUAUUUUGAAAUAAUAAUAAUACAGUUUAACCCUCUUGCGGGACCUCAUUUAUUUACACAACUUGCAUUAAAAUGUGUACAUACAGUACCUAAAGUAAUAACGUCGAGUUUGUCUGCAAUGCAUCGAAUUACACAAAGUUAGACCAUAUCCAUGUACUAUGUGAAAUCUACUUCCUGGCAUGUAGUAUGCUAAUGACACCUUACCAAAAGGUGAAGAGGAGAUCAGUGAUUACAACCUCUUUGAUUUAGUUUAAGCCCUUCAAAAGUAUGAAGUUGCAUAAUAGCUGGAGCAAAUGAAAUUAAAUUCUGCUAAGGGCUGCAUACUGGGCUUGAAAAUAGUCCCAUCCAGUAUAUAGUCCACGACAAGAAGAUUUUGUUGCUGGGCGAUUACCUUUUAAAGUUACUUGCACAAUGCAUGGGCAAGGGUCCAAGAGAGUCAUUCCCUAACAAAAUCAUUAACUAAGAGAAGCAAAAAAUGGCCCCAGGUAAGAAAAAAUGUGAGAGCUCCUUGCCCAAAGAAUUUGUAAAUACCCAAUUUUUCAAGCCCUGUAGUGGUAUCUUUAUUAAGUUAUCAUGUCAAUUAUAAUCACAACGAUGUGUAUCAUUCGUUUUUAGGAAUUGGCUUAUCCUCUCUGAAAUCCACUUAAUGUUAGGUCAUGGCUUCCACUUCACUACCCUUUCAGGAGCAUCACCAACCUAAUAUCCCUGGAAAAGUAAAAGUCACCAUUUUAGCCUCGGAAUGGGGAUCAAGUAAAGGAGGUCUUUCUACCUUGAACAGAGAGCUUGCCAUACAAUUGGCUAAAUUCCCAGAGGUAGAAAUCACUUUCUUUUUGCCAAGAUGCAGUGAAGGGGAAAGGAAUCAAGCUCUCAGUCACAAUGUAAAGGUUCUUGAAGCAAUACCGCAUCCUGGGUUUGAAGAACUGGAUUGGCUAAGCUUUCCACCAGACGAUUUGCAAAUUGAUGUAGUUGUCGGCCAUGGGAUAAAACUCGGUCACCAGGCACAAGUUAUUAGAAAAUCUAAAAAGUGUCAUUGGGUGCAAAUGGUCCACACAGACCCAGAGGAACUUGGAAUGUUUAAAACCUAUGACAAGCCAAUUUCAAAGGGCGAAGAAAAGCACAGGACGGAAGUGAAACUCUGUAAAAUGGCAGAUCUUGUUGUAGGAGUCGGACCCAAGCUAAGCGAAGCCUUCCGUUCAUAUCUCCGUGGAGAAGGUAUAAAUGUCAUUGACUUUACCCCAGGAGUGUUUGAUGAGUUUGUGGGUGUAAAACAAAGUCCUAAUGAGGGAAAACAUCGAAGCGUCUUAAUAUUUGGCCGUGGUGAUGAUGAAGACUUUGAAUUAAAGGGAUUUGAUAUCGCUGGAAAAGCUAUUGCUAAACUGCCCGACACUCUUCUCGUGUUUGCUGGGGCGAGAGAUGGAAAGUACGAGGAAAUUGCAAAGAGGUUGAGUGAAUGUCACGGCGUUCCCAAAAGAUCCUUGAGAGUGAGAGGCUUUGUGCAAAGCCGAGAGGAUUUGAAAUGCUUGUUCCAAGAGGUUGACCUUGUACUUAUGCCGUCAAGAACUGAGGGCUUUGGGUUGACAGGACUAGAAGCCUUGUCAGCUGGUCUCCCUGUGCUUGUCAGCAAAAACUCAGGGUUUGGGAAAGCCCUGGACAACGUGCCAUUUGGCUCAUCAUUUGUGAUAGACUCAGAGACACCUGAGGAUUGGGCUUCAGCCAUCAAAGACGUCUUGAAUAAAGACAGGCAGAAACGUCUUGAGGAGGCUGAGAACUUGCGCACUUCUUAUGGAGGGAAAUUCAACUGGGCAAAGCAGAGCGGAGAUCUUCUCGAAAGGAUGAUCAGCAUGGUUCAUAGUAUGGCGUUUCAAUUUUGUUGCAUAUACACUGUAGCAUUUAUAAAUUGGUUUAAAAGAAAAGUUGGCUUGAAGUACUGUGAAUGAGAGCCUCAAAACAAAUAUUAAAAAAAUGUUAUUCUCAACACCUACAAGCCAAGAAUUAAACGAGACCCUAAAAGACUCGUGAAGAACGAGGCCAUUUGUUUUGUACAAGUUUUGGAUUUUCAGUGUGUUAUUGAUAAUAAAGCCAUCCUUAGCUUUGCAGUAAACUGUUGCAUUUCAUUUAUUGUAUCGUGCUUUUAUGGAGGUGUGAUAACCUAAUCGAAAAGUUAUUUCUUUACUUCUUGACCUGAAGCCACACAAUAGUUUUUGUUGACAUUCUUUUUUCCCUUUAGGUACCUCUGAGGCUAAGAUAGAUCUACAGCAACUAGUUGCAGGAACAGAAUGUGUUGUAAAAGAAAAUGGAAAACGUCUGAAACUAGACCAGUGUCAAGCUGGACAAGCAGUAAUGCCAUUGGAAGCUGGACUACAGAGGUCUCAGUCUGCAUCUCAAAUCAGUCGUGGUAAUGAAAAGUACAAUUAAUCCCUUACCGUUAUUGAAAUAUCAACUCUACUCCAUGUGAGAAAUUCGCUGGAACAGACCCAAAGAUGAAACGCCUCAGGGUUUGUUCUCCUCGCUAAUGCCCAUUUGAAUUUAAUCGUGCAAGCCCUGGCCAGUCGUCAUUACCUAGCUACUGAAGGUCACGUUGUGCAUAGCUGCAAUUUCUCGGUAACGACGGUUUCCUCUUAAAGACAUUGAAAACACGGCCUUUUAGGCUAUCCAGAGUACUUUUAGAUCUCUAAAAAUACAUUCUGAGCGUUGCUAUAAAAUUUGUACCUGUUCGGUCAUCCAAGAGGAGGUUGAGUGUUUUCGAAAUUACAAAGGCUUCAGUAUUAUUUUACGGACAAUUUUAGAUCCAAUGCAACGUACUACGAAAGUGAGAUCUUUUUCUGCUUCCUCUCUCCAUCACAUUUAUGAAUCCGAAAAUUUUUUCUACAAAAAUAGCCUAUCCUAGGGAGUGAAAUGUGAAAAAUCAAACUCAAGAAAAUCGUAGGGAAUUUACUACAUACGCUUCGAAAAGUGUACAUGAAUGGAGAGGUGAUCUAGAAAAUUUUAGCCGUCCUUAACUAUAGAAAAUUCUACGCAAUGUUUGCGUCUACGCUCCGAACAGAUAUUUUACACUGAGAAAACAGUCAUUGGGUGCCCCUGAUUAUUGACAUCAUUCCACGUCAUACUGCUUAGUGAAUAACAUAAUCACAAGAACUCUCCCAACCCUACCUAUUGUGUCGUGUCUUUGCGUAGAAAAGGGGUAGACACACAUAACCACUGUUUGAAUGAUCAAAAUACACUAUCGUAUUGCAGGAGACUUCUGACAGCAAAAAUAAACUUCUCUUUGUAUGGUUUAAAAGAUAUUAAAAUGACUUGCUGUUUUUCUGCAGAGUUUGCCUACUGUGAAGCAGACAUCACAUUUUUUGCCGCGCGUCAUGAUGAAGAUACAAGACAAUGGCUUUUUAAGGAUUUUGACAAAUGGUUCAGUGAUCCUGGCGACUCCAGAGCAUAUGUUCUCCUUGGUGACGCAGGUAUCGGAAAGAGUGUGAUUGCGGGAGCUCUAACACAGCGGGCAAGAAACAAAGGACAUUUAGGUGCUGCUUACUUUUGCCGUCAUAACGAUGGAACUAGAAAUAAUCCCAGGUACCUUGUCGGGACUAUUGCGCGUCAGCUCUGUGACUGCAAUAGUGAAAUUUCUACCUUAGUGGGAGGGGAGGAUGGUCUAAAAAUGAUGUUAGCUGAUUCUAAGUUGGGCGUUAAGGAACUUUUUACGAAACUGUUAGAAGAGCCGUUAGGUAAGUGCGCCCCUUGCCAGCAGCGCAAAUUAGUCAUCAUUGACGCUUUGGAUGAAACAGAGUACGAGUCCAGGGAAGACUUUCUUUAUGUUAUAAAGAAAGCUCUUCCUCGACUUCCUCAGUGGUUGUUGUUCUUUAUCACCAGUCGUCCUGAAGACUCGAUACAGAGCAGAUUAGAUAAGUACAAUCCAUGCAUCCGGAUUUGCGUAGGUGAUAGCGAAGAACGAGGUUUUUAUAAGCAGCACCAACAAGACAUUAAACUUUUUUUAAAAAAGGAAAUAGAUUUCUCUUGCAUUUCUUACUCUGUUGAGCAAGUCACAAAGAAGUGCAAUGGAUUGUUUUUGUAUGCUUACUACAUUGCAGAAGUUCUAAAAGAAUCCAAUUCUCACCGGGUGAGUCAGCAGACUGACCUCUUUCCCGGAGAUAUUGACGAAUUCUUUCAGGAGAAUUUCCAGCGUGUGUUUGACAAGGUAGGAGGAGACCUCUACAGGAAGUUAUUUGGCUGUAUCAUAGCCGCUCCAUCUCCCCUUCCUAUAUCGUUUGUUUCAUAUGUUCUUAACAGAGAAAAGUCAGAUCUUGAUGAGCAGGAGGCUAUCGAUGCCGUGUCUCUAUUUGUUGUGCGAACUUCUGAUGGGGCAGUGACAUUUCUUCAUAAUCUGAUUCCAAUGUGGCUAACAGACAAGAGGAAAACUCCACGAAGGUUGUUAAUUGAUAAAAAGGUCGCAGUUGAAUAUCUCAGAAUUGUGUUUAUCGAAAUUCUUUCAACUGUUGUCGAAGAAACACGAGCAACACUGCCGCUUAGAGAUGAGGAUUUGGAAAGAUUUGUCAUGCACUUUGCUGUUCGCUUUCUGUGUCAUCAUAUUGACGAAAAUUCACUGACAGAUGUUUUUAAGUGGUUAGUAAAUUAUCGUUUCCUAGAGAAAAGGAUUCAUAGUGGGAGAAGUGAGAUCUACCAUGUUGUUGAAGAUUAUAAGCUUGCAUCCAGCUGUCUUCCCACCGAGGAAACACAGCAACAAAAUGUUCUUCAAGAAAUCUCCUUAGCUCUUGAAAGCGAUUUUCAUAUUCUCGUAGAAUGUCCUCACCUUUUGCGAUCAUGCGUCCGCAACACCUUAGAUGAUGUCGGUGGGAUUUUUUCGAUCCCACAAGUAUCAGCACCGUGUUUAGAGUGGAGUAUUUGUAAUAUUAAUUCCGCUACGAAAACUCUUUCUCAAUGUAAUUGCUUCGCCAUUACUUCUGAUAACAAAACUUUGGCCGCCGCAAAGGAUCGUUCCCUCUUUUUCUUUGAUGCUUCCACACUAGAAACACUGGGCGGACCUUUUGAAGUGAGCCAAGAUAUGAUUCAAAGAAUAAACUGUUUAGAGUUUUCACCAGACGACAAGUUUGUAUUUUUUGGACGGCUUGACAAAUGGUUUUCUGUUGGACGAGGUUGUGUCGAGGACUUUCCACAGUUCUCUGAAAACCCUGGUCUUCAUGACUGGGGUCGUUUUUCUUCUGAUGGGCAGCACAUAGUCGUGAAAAGGAACCAUUUUUCAGAUCUACCAGGGACCUGUCAAACGAAAAGGUGUAUAGAAGACCUACUCUCUCUUUGGGCUCUAAAGGAGAUUGACGGGGGCCCAGACAAAGAAUGGACUUGCUCUUUUCGUCAGUUACCAGAGAUGGUAGCCGGGUUCAGUAACAUGGGCAUUGAAACUAGUUCCUUGCUGAGACGUCUCGGUAUAAACUUAAUGUCUUGUGAAGUCAAUGCAAUGCACGGAGCAAAUUAUCGUUCUUGUUACUUUUGUGACCAGUUAAAAGAAGUAACAGAUCCUAGCAAAGAAUCGUCUCUGGCGCAUGUGCGCCAACUUAUCAUCAAACUCUACCGUUGGAUAUUCCGAUAUCAGGUUUGGAACCUAGAGACUGGAAGACCCCUGCUUCAGGACGUAUUAAAUCAAUGUGCUCAAUUCAAUCCAUUUACCUAUUUUUGUCACGUGACCAGCGCUUUUGACAAGUGGGGGAGAGGAGUAGGUUGUGCUGGUGUUGAUCAAGUGAUGUCUGUGUGUAAUAUUGCCGUGGUUACUGCUAUUGACACUUUCUUCAGACUAAGGUUUGAUUGGUCUGAGAGGACACAUGUGCAGUUGAGUGAGGGGGAGAUGGAGUGGGUGAGAGAGCGUUUGAAGGAGUGGAUGCUGGAUGCUUUCCUAUCUCCGAAGCUGGGGCGAAGUUUAAAGUACAUAGUGAUGCGGGAGUGGGUUUUUAAGGAGACGCUAACGCGGAAAGAUUGGAAGGAGAAGGACAGGUUGACUGAAAUGGUAGUGCGGGUUCUGAGGGAGGCCUGGGAUCUUACGGGGGAAUGGCGUUACAUGACGUGGCGGAUGAGCCGUAUGAAGGACGAGUGGGAACUGAGGAUAAUGAUAGAGUGGAGGCUGGAGGAGGUCUGGAAGCUUAUGGAGGACUUACAUUGGAAGGAGGAGAAGAAACGGAGUGGAAUGGUAGAGAGUAGGCUACCGAUGCUCUGGGAGAUAACGAAGGACCUUCUUGAACACCAGGGGAAGUGGAAAUCCUGUACGCUGAAGGAGGAGUUAGGCCAAUUAUUGGAUAGGCUACGUCCUGACUUGUGGCAAGUAAUUUGGAAGUGGACGUUGCAGCUUGACCUUGAACUCUUCUGUACUUCGUUCAAGCGUAGUGUUUUUCUUAACUUUCCAAAAGGUUUUAUUGAUCUUGUUGGCAAUGAUAUUUCUCAUUGUUUGUCACCCAGAAAAAUGUGGAUGGUUAGCAGCAGGGAGAUGGGAGAAAUACAUUUGUUGCGAACAGGUUUUCAAGAACAAGAUUCUUGCGAUUACAGUUCCGAAAAGCAAGAACACAGAAUCACCCGAGCAAAGUACCUGACCUUUACUUAUGAUGAUCUCUAUGUUGUGUAUUUGUCUUAUGAAGACUUACUACAUGCAUUAUCUCUCCAGACAGGUACUGUUUUCACCAGUGUGUCCGGACGUAACUGUUGUUAUUUUACAAGAGAGGGGCGAGUUGGUUAUUUGUUCCGUAGGGGUAUUGAAGAAAGAGUUAUCUUUUUGACCAGUUUAAUUAACCCUUGCAAGUUUUUUUCUGUCUUACCUGGACAGGAUGGGGAGGUAGGAGAGACGACUGCUGCGAUAUUCUCUUCAAGUGAUACUGUGAAGUCUAUUAGUUGGGAAUCACUGAUUACGUCGUGGCGACUGGUAGAUCACAAUCGUCGCUUCUCCUUCGAACCAAUUUUCGAAUCAAGCUCGGCCGGAUCUCGCUCGCAGGUGAUCAAGAUACAGAAUUGUGUCUUCUCCAUAGAUGGAAAACUACUUGCUUUUCAGCAGCACACUCAAAUAAAACAAUGCAUUGUCGAGGAGUUUGAGAAGUCUCAGUGUAUAGUAUUUGAAGCAGACUUUAGUUUCACAGAUUUGUGCCUGACAUUCUCAUUAGACGGCGUCUUUCUUCUCUUCAGUAUCCAGGAUAACUUCAGUGGCCAGCAUUUCUAUGUGUGGGAUGUUCAAGAAAAAUUUUUGUCAAAAUCAUUUUCUUCACCGUGUUUGCUCUCUAUCGACAGUUUUUGCCUGUCUUCGGAUAACAGAAACCUUAUCUUGUGUGGCGGCGAUUGUGAGAUUGAGAUCUGGGAGUUCAGUUUGUAUCCGCGCUACUUACUUAAGAGAAUCUAUGUGGAGAGAUCUUUCAACCCAGUGAAAUUCAGUCAUUGCGCUGUUUCUCAAGACACGGAGCUGUUAGUGUGUUGCCUCGCAAACGUAAUCUUUGUGCACAGUCUUCAUGCUGCUGAUAUCCACUCCUCUAAGCGAGUUCUCCGUGGCCAUCUUGGUAAAAUUGAGUUUUGCAAGUUUUUGAAAAGGAACCGUUAUCUUAUUUCCUAUGCUGUUGAUGGAAUGGUUUUCCUGUGGGAUAUUUCUGAGGCUAAAGCUAUUGGAUUUGCGCGAAUUGCAAAAGGGCGGGAAAAAAUCCUCUGUAUGACUGUGUCACCUGAUGAGGACCGAGCUGUUUGUUUUAUAUCUCCAAGUGGGGUAUGCGUA